CUCCGGGAGACGCUGCAACAUAUUACCGAGAACCGGGAUGGAGGAGAGGCGGAGGGGGGAAGGCAAAAAAGUUUCGUUUAAACCUGGCAGAGAAACUUUCAACAUGAAGCCUCACUGACGCACCGUUUCACCGCCACCACAGCCACACCAGCGCUAGAACAAAGCUUGCUUUUCCACUGAUUAUAUUUUUCACCUCCCAGCUUGCGUUUUUUUCUUCCCCUCUUGUAUUAAUUUCUGUGUGCAAGGCUGGUCGGGGCUUGCUGUCACUGCGCGCUGAGAUGUUGGAGUGACCAUGGCUGCGCAAGUGGCAUCGGCUCCGACCAGAACUAAUAACAAAAAUAAGAAAUUAUCCAGUGGUUUGGGUCCGGAGCUCAAUUCGGGUAAAUCCGGAGGAGGCGGAGGAGGAGGGACCAUACAGCGAACUGGACCGAUGCUGGGUGCCGGAGAUGGGACUCUGAAUAAUGUAGACCAUCACCGCCGAAACGAGCUCAACAUGGUCCAUUCAACUUCCACGACUCACAACGCUCCGGACGGCCACGACAAGGAUGGGAAUAACCUUACGUCCGCCUCGGCGUCGACUAAUUCAACCACUUCCUCGAUGGAGACGGGUUUGAUCGCGAACCACAAGCUGAAAUGUGUGGGGAGCGGAGAUCCCCCUCAGUCCCAACCGCUGCCGCAGCAGCAGCAGCAGCAGCCGCCGCCGCCGCCGCCGCAAUUCGGCCAGUUUGCGUCACAUCAGCAGCGACAGAUCCAAAGUAAUAACACCGCCAAUAACAACGGCCAGGGGCCCCGUGGGGACAGAGGUAUGGAUCACCAACACCACGGUGGCAAAGAGAACCUGUUGGGGAGCCAGGGGGAGCCGCAGCAGCAGCACAUGCCAGCGAAAGGUGAGGGGGACCUCACCUGUAAACCCGCCGAGAGGAUGACUAGCACCAGGUAUGAACACUCUAACUUAGGGCCAACUAGCAACAACUCUGAGUUUAAUAACAACUAUUACACUCCAAGGCCCUGUUAUGAGCAACAUGGCGGACAGCAGCAGCAAAGCAGUGGGAUGGGGAUAACGCGCUCCUCGGCGCAUAACAGCAUGGAGAACUCCCACGAAGCAGGGUUCCACAACAGCCAGUACAACCAGUACCCGGCGUACCGGGCGGGCUACGGCGGCGCGGCCUACGGGAUGAUGGCCCCCUCUGGAUGCCGGCAACCUGGGAACAUGAUGAUGGGCAGCAACUCCUCAACAAGCCACGGCAAGUCUCCCCUGGGAGCCGGCUCGGGUGGCUUCCAGAGGUUUCCGGUGCAAACUCAGCAGCAGCAGCAGCAGCAGCAGCAGCAGCAUCCCUCGGGGGCAACCCCGACCCUCAACCAGCUGCUGACGUCCCCCAGCCCGAUGAUGCGGGGCUACGGCGGUGCCUAUCAAGACUACAGCGGCCCCACGGCGCAGCAGCAAGCCGGUAUGGGCCUGGGGAAAGACGUGGGCCCCCAGUACGGAGCCGCCUCGGCUCACGGCUGGGGGGGGCAGCAGAGAAACCACCCUCAUUCAAUGAGCCCAGGCAACGGAGGACAAGGCCUCGGCAGGACGCAGGUGUCCUCCAUGGACUUCAUGGCUAUGAAGCGAUCGCAGUUGUACGGCAUGUCCAACAAUCCCUACUCGUCUCCACAGCAGCCAGGGGGUGGUCCUUACCCCCCUAGCCAGCCCUACACGUCUCCUCCUCCACACCGAUAUCCAAUGAGCAUGCAGGGGAGGGGCCAAAUGGGCAUGGGUGGGAUGCAGUACCCUCAACAGCAGCAGGUGGCGCCGUAUGGCCAGCAGGGGAUGGGGGGCUACAGCCAGCAGCAGCAGCCGCAGCCGCAGCCGCAGCAGCAGCAGCAGCAGCAGCAGCAACAGCAACAGCAGCAGCAGCAGCAGACGGGGCAGCAGGGAACCCCUCCGUACUUCAGUCCCCCUCAGCAGACCCCUCCGGGCCCGACCCAGAGCCCUUACCUACAGCCUCGACCACCACCACAACAAGAGGCCCAGCAGGAGAGCUACAGCACCAGGGGUCCUGCUCCAGGGAAUUCUGGGAAGGCCAACAAUGAAGACGGCAUCUCCCAGGACCGCCCCUCCAGUCUGCCGGAUCUGUCCGGCUCGAUCGACGACCUCCCCACAGGGACAGAGGCUGGUCUGGGCUCAGCCGUCAGCGCCGGCGGCUCCUCCAGAAGCAGCAGUAGUAGCCAGGGGGAGCAGGGAGGCGCCAGUAACCAGGGACAGUCCCCCUUCUCCCCACAUGCCUCCCCACACCUCCCCAGCCAGAGGAGCGGGCCCUCCCCCUCCCCUGUAGGCUCACCUGCAGGCUCUACUCAGUCCCAGCAGUCCCGAUCUGGCUCUGGACCCAUCUCUCCUGCCAGUGGACCCUCUGCCAACACCACCGCACCAGGAUCCACCAUGGCCCCACAGAGCUCUGGGAAUGGACCAGAUGGAGCCCACCCGCCAAUCACACGCUCACCUAUGGCUCAGGAGAGAGGGUUCAUCUCCAACAUGCAGAGGAACCAGACUGGCCCUGUGUUUGCUUCUCCUCAGUCUGGACCUUCUAUGUCCCCGCACCCUUCACCUGGGGGCCCGUUGUAUCCUGGGAUGGGUCCCUACUCACAGAGUGGCCCAACAGGCCUUUAUGGACCUCAAGGAUCACAGUAUGGACACCAAGGUAACUACCCUCGACCCUCUAACUACACUGGGACGGCCAGUACCAGCUACAGCGGCCCCGGCCCUGGCAUGACCAACAGUCUGGGAAUUAAUGCUAGCAGCCCCAUGCACGGCCAGGGGCCCGGCCAGCCCAUACCUGUAGGACGUAGCCAUGGCCCCGGCAGUCAGAAUAGGGUGUACCCGCCUAUGGCUCCCAGCUCCCCCAGCAUGCCUCAGCCAGCUGGGCCAGGAAUGGGCCCUCCUUCUUUGGGUAGCUCUAACCGCAAGGCCCAGGAAGCAGCAGCAGCAGCAGCAGCUGGCAUUCCAGGAUCUGUCAACUCAAUACACAACAGGCAGGGCAGCUAUCAAGGCCCUGGCAUCAGCCAGGCGAGCACCAUGGCCACCACUGUCCCCUACAGCCAGCCAACAGGCAACAACAGCUCAGCCAUGGGUAACGCACAAGGUCCAGCCUACCAAAUGCCGCCUUCAGGAGCCAUGGGAAUUUCGGGAGACAGCAUGAUGAGCCCAGAUGGUAAACCCAAAACGGACUUAAAAGAUGACACAGGCGCCACCAACGAGCCUCACAAACCAAAGCUACAGGACAGCUACAGCAACAAUAACAGUAGCAGUGGCUCCCAGCAGUGUGCGUCUCAGCCAGCCACGCCAGGCGGUGCCCUGCCCGUCCCCUCACCCCUCUCCCCCAGCCCGGCCAGCCUGUCGUCCUACCACGGAGACGACAGCGAUAGCAUCAGCAGCCCCCCUUGGCCACUCAAGACCCCCUCCAGCCCCAAAGCCAACCCUAACUCCUCCUCCCUCAGUGGGGAGCGAAUUACACGCCUUUAUGAGCUGGGUGUGGAGCCGGAGAGGCGGGGCUGGGUGGAGCGAUACCUGACCUUCAUGGAGGAGAGGGGCACACCUGUUGCCCAGCUGCCGGCUGUGGGCAAGAAGCCACUGGAUCUCUGGAAGCUCUACAUGGCUGUUCGAGAGAUAGGAGGACUCGCCAUGGUAAACAAGAACAAGAAGUGGCGGGAGCUGUCCACCACCCUGAACGUUGGUACAUCGAGCAGCUCCGCCAGCUCCCUCAAGAAGCAGUACAUCCAGUAUCUGUUCGCCUAUGAGUGUAAGAUGGAGAGGGGAGAAGAGCCGCCGGCAGACAGCAGCAGCAGCAGCAGCAGCAGCAGCAUGGCUGGAGGGGACAACAGGAAGCAGGUCAAGAUCCAGCCGCCCUCACCUGCAAAUUCAGGCGGCUCCCUCCAAGGUCCACAGACGCCCCAGUCCUCUGGCAGCAGCUCUACUGCAGAGGCAGCAGGGGAUCUGAAACCCCCCACACCCACUACCACCCCUCUGGGACAGGUCACGCCACUGCCCCCCAACAGGAGUAGUGUAAGCAUACAGGACCCCUUCUCAGAGGUGAGCGACCCAGCCUUCCAGAAGCGUGCUGCCUCCCUGCCCCACUCAGCUCCUUACCAGCAGGGCCUCAGCAUGCCUGACAUGAUGAUGAGGAUGCAGUAUGAUGCCAAGGACCCCUUCGCCGGGAUGAGGAAGAUGGCAGGAGCUGAUCCCUACAUGCCAGGCCAGAUGCCUAGUGGUGGUAUGCAGGACAUGUAUGGUCGACCCCCAUCUGCCCUGAGCAUGAGCCAAAGGUCACAGUAUCCAUACGGGCCGGGCUUUGACAGGAGAACAGACCAUGUGAUGGGGAUGGAGGGGAGCAUGGGUCCCCCUGGGAGUCAGAACAGCCUGGGCCCUUCCAACAGUGAAGGCAGCAUGUACUCUCCCAGCAGAUACCCUUCACAGCAGAGACACGAUGGCUACAGUCAGCAGUAUCCUGGCAUGCCAUAUGGGAUGCAUCCAUCUGGGAUGUACCCACAACAGCAGGGCUACAAACGGCCUAUGGAAGGUAUGUAUGGCCCCCCACCCAAGAGACAUGAGAGCGACAUGUAUGCCAUGCAGUAUGCCAACCAGCAGCAGGACAUGUACAACCACUACGGUGGUGGGUACUCAGGCCCUGAACACAGAGCCAUACAGGGACAGUUCCCCUACCCCUACCCUCGCGACCGCAUGGCCCCGUCAGGACAGAGCCAGCACAGUUUGAUGGGUGGGGGCCCCACUCCUAACCACGCUGCCGAUGGGCCCAACAUGUGGCCAUCCAGGACAGACCUCGGCUUUCCCUACCCCAACCGACAGGGGCCGCCAUCUCAAAUGCCGCCUUAUGGCUCAAUUGGCAGAGAUGACAUGGACGGGAGGCCCGGGCAGGAGCAGUGGCACCGUCAGUCCCCCUACAUGUCAUCAGGCGGCAUGCCUCCCCUGUCUUCACGCCAGCCAUCGUCUUAUUCUAGCUCCUCAUCCAUGGCCAACCACCUGCCCAGAGCACCCAGCCCAGGGGCCUUCCAGCGUUCCUUGGACUCUCGGAUGUCACCCAGCAAAGUACCGUUCAUGUCAGCCAUGAAGAUGCCUAAGCCUGGGAUGGCCAUGAUGGGCUCACAGGGCAGUGGAUCCAUGGGUCAGUUUCCUCCCAACCUGAGGAGGGACCUCAACUACCCGCCAGGAUCAGUGGAGGCCACCAUGCCCAUCCUCAAGCCCCGACGCAAGCUUAUCUCCAAGGACACUGGAACGCCUGAGGCUUGGCGGGUCAUGAUGUCUCUGAAGUCUGGCCUGCUGGCAGAGAGCACAUGGGCUCUAGACACCAUCAACAUCCUGCUGUACGACGACAGCACCGUGGCCUCCUUUAACCUCUCCCAGUUGCCUGGAUUCCUCGAGCUCAUCGUGGAGUACUUCCGCCGCUGUCUGAUCGAGAUCUUUGGCAUCCUGGAAGAGUUUGAGGUGGGGACUGUGGCUCAUAAAAGCCUUUUAGAGCCUGCUUCUAACCAGAAAGAAGAACCCACCCCUGACCAGGAAACCGACUCCACUGUCCAACCUGAAUCUGAGUCAGCCCCAGGAGUAGAGAUGCAGGUGGAGCAAGUAGGAGGCGUCAUGGAGGAAGCUCAAUCUGGCGCCGCAGAGCCAGAGUCAACCGUGGUGAACGGUGAAAAGGAGGAGCCUGAGGCGAGCGGAAAGAAGGAGGACAAGACUAAAGAGGAAAGAGAGAAAGAAGAGAAGAAAGAAGAAGAGAGUGAAGAAGGCGCAGAGAGUAAAAAGGAAUCGAUUGACCAGCCUGUCACAGAGCUAGAACCUAAACCGAAACAAGCCAGCAAACACGAUAAGCUCCCAAUCAAGAUCGUUCACAAGGAGGACCUGAUUGAAGACAUGACAGAGCACUUAGGUUACAUCACUGAGUUCACCAGUGGGCUGCUACACUGGCAGGCUGGUGGAGGCGACUCCACCACACACAUUCAGACACACUUUGAACCCUGUAGUGCAUCACCUGCCAGGGCGGAUGAGAAGAUAAGAAAAGAGAACAAACAGGAAAACAAGAUGGAGGAUGGAAAGAAACAACCACUGAAACAUAUCACCGCUACUAUUGAUGAUGUUUUGUGUGCUCGGGUUGAGGCCCUCUCUUAUGCCCACCCUGCACGCUCUUUGCCAUCCUACCCCUUCAGGGUACAUCCGGAUGGGGAGCAGGACCACAUCACCUUGCUGGAGGAUGAGCCUCGCUACCUGGACGAGGCUCCGCUCUCCACAACAUCUGCCUGGCAGGACUCGCUGUCCAAGCGGUGCCUCUGCAUCUCCAACAUCGUCCGGAGCCUGUCCUUCAUCCCGGGGAACGACUCGGAUAUGUCACGCCACCCUGCUCUGGUUCUUCUUCUGGGCAGGCUGCUCCUGCUGCACCACAGGCACCCGGAGAGGAACAGGUCGCCCCCUAGCUACCAGAGAGACGAACAGCAAGAGCAGGGACUGUCAAGUAGCAAAGAGGAAUGGUGGUGGGAGUGUCUGAGUCUGCUCAGGGAGAAUGCCAUGGUCACACUGGCCAACAUCUCUGGGCAGCUGGAUCUCUCCACCUAUUCAGACACUAUCUGCCUCCCCAUCCUGGAUGGCCUGCUCCACUGGAUGGUGUGCCCUUCAGCUGAGGCCCAGGACCCCUUCCCAUCAGCGGCAUCCCACUCCCAGCUCACUCCUCAAAGGCUGGUGCUGGAGUGCCUCUGCAAGCUGAGCAUCCAGGACGGCAACGUUGACCUCCUGCUAGCUACGCCACCUUUCAGCCGACAGGAGAAACUCUUCACUGUCUUGGUCCGUUACGUGGGUCAGAGGAAGGCCCAGGUGUACAGGGAGAUGGCAGUGGCUGUCCUGUCCCACCUGGCACAAGGAGACCCAACAGCGGCACGUGCCAUAGCCAUGCAGAAGGGCAGCGUGGGUAAUCUGGUAGGUUUCUUGGAGGAUGGUGUUAGCAUGGCGCAGUACCAGCAGAACCCUCACAGCUUACUGCACAUGGGGCACCCCCCUAUGGACCCGCCGAGCAUAAACAUGAUGUGCAGAGCAGCUAAAGGCCUGUUGGCCAUGGCUAAAGUGGAGGAGAACAAGACAGAGUUUGUGCUGUACGAAAGCAGAUUAUUAGACAUCUCCAUUUCCUCGGUGCUCAGCGUGGGAGUGUUGGCCAUUAUUUGCCAAGUUCUCUUUCACUUAGGGAAAUUAUGACAGGAGGAGAGGCAGGUCUCGCGCAGCAGACCCUGAGGUGGACAAGAUAUUUCUGUGGUUUUCUAUUUUUAUUUAUCAAAAUGACAGAAAAUGUUUGUUUUUUUAAAAGAAGUAUCCACAUAAACAAAAUAUCUAUAUAUGUAUAGCUUCUGGGCCCUGUUAAAAAAGUGGGUUUGGGAUUUGAAAGCUCAUUUUAAUACAAAUAUUUAAUACCUGCUGGUGUUGGAUUGCUACGUUUAAUAUUUUGUUUGGCAUUUGUUUUCGUUUGUUUACUUUUUCAGCCAAAGCUGCCACCAGAAUUUGGUGCUGAAUUACGUGGUUCCUUUUGAGUCGAUGAGUCAUUGAGAUGUUUUUCAGUUUUAUAAAUGCUAAUAUACUCAUCAACAUUUUGUUAAUGGAGAGUAUUUAUUUAAAAUGUGACACUGUACAGUAGUUUGAACUUUUUUGCCAACAGUUGUGGGGGAAAAAGCACUGACUUUUUAAAUUGAAAUGUAUAUGUCUCCAUCGCUGGAAGAUAAAUUGUGCAAUAGGACUAGAGCAAGUUAUCCGUUUUGAGAUCAAGAAGAAGAUGUACAUCCUUAAAGACACCUGCAGUGUGUGCUUUAGGCCAUGAGGAGGCAGCAUUGCACCAGCCAAUCAACAGGAGAGAAGCGCAUCUGUCUAAAGAAGUGUCUAAUUUAUCAAUCAUAGCCUCAACAACUUUCACAAAUGAACUUUGUGUUUCCUAAGCACUUGUGUUAUGUCUGUAUUUUUUCAUCACUGUGUAUAUAAACCGUUGUACAAUGGAGCCACAUGAUUCUUUCAGUCUCUAUCAAGCAUAGCAAGAGAUGGGACUUUCCGACUAUUAUAACAAAUGCUUUUAUUGUUGGUAAAAUUUGUUAUUGUUAUUAUACAUAUUUUGUUAAUGGGGUCAAAUAUUUGAACAUGGCAGAUGUAACUGAUGUUUCAAUGUAAAAACUCCUGUAUGCAUUGUAUUAUAGCUGAGAAAACAAUCGCUUUGGUAAUCAAACGUGGAAGUGCCAGGGUGAGAGGAUAUCUAGGCGAGGUUGCAUAAGAAACCACAUAUCUGUCUGUUUCUGUCCUCCAUUCAUGUCAAUGGGCAUAUUUUUGAAUCUAGAUAAUGCUCUAAAAGAAAAGUCUGAAAAGAUCCUUCAAAAUGUCCUGAAAGCUCAUUGUAAAAUUUGCCUUUUUUCGUAUGACUCCAUGUCUCUUUUAUUCAGUAUACACAUUUAUACUCUGUGCUGCACAUGUCACAAAUAAAUGUACGAUGAACAUCGUUAAGCACCGGAGACGUUGCAUUAUGUCCAGACAAUC